GAUCAGUCUUUAACCGGUCGUCUAGAGAAAGAGAAGUCAAUCGAACAACGGCGAAGUCGCUCGUAGUGCGUCGCGCGCGUAUUCCUUUCCGAUGCUGCUUAUAAUAAAAGGAAAAGAUAACGACAGUAUAACGAAAUAAAGUACCGAUUUACUCGCUGCUUAAUGUAAAAACCUGUAAUAAGAAGUGAUUUCGAAAAGCCGAUUAUAUGGAGUUAUCAGGUGGAAGAAUGAUUUUCGUAGCGUUCUUUCUGGGCUGUUUUGCCCUGGUUGCGAAUCGGAGUGCACCGUACAGUGGGGUCGAUCCUCGAGUUCAGAACAAAUUAGAUAGUUUCGCAACCGGAAAGAAUCUCCUGGAUGCUGUAAAGUUUGGAGAAGACAUUAUUGAAAAGUCUAAACGCAUGGAAUCGGCGAUUGCUGGCUCCCGAGUGAAGGUUGCCUUGGGAGGCAUCUCAUACGCCCAAUCAAUCGAUGGUUAUUCGACGCCUAGCACCCAAAAGCAAGACUACGUCGCCAGAACCAUACUCAAGGCGACCUCAUUUUUCUUGAAUACUUAUUGUAAGCCACAGAGAAUUUCAUCGUACCAAUGUGGAUUGUAUUUAAGUCACAAGGUAAUACCACAAAGCAAAUUAUUACAGAAAUGCGAAAAAAUCUUGAUUGAUAAGACGUUUAACGAUGAAUAUCGAAGAUUGUUACCUGCAAGUUAUCAUGAUGGAAUUUAUAACUUCAGAAAGAGCAAGACGGGUAAUGAACUUCCGGAUCCUAGAACAAUUUCUAGCAAGUUCCAUGACAUCCUUAGCCAAUCUCACAAAGACAGCAAACACAGUGUAGCAUUGGUUCAAUGGACACAAUUUAUUGAGCACGAUCUUGCCAAGACCACCGUUCAAACUAUGCACGAUGGAACCGAUAUUGAAUGUUGCACUACAGAAUACAGCGCUGUUGUGCCGCGAUAUUCCCAUCCCGCCUGUCAACCGUUGCGUAUAGCAUCAAAUGAUUCAUAUUAUCAAACCAACCAUGUAACCUGUUUGAACUAUGUUCGAAGCGCUUUGUCCUUGGGAGAUACAUGCAAUUUAGGUCCCGCCAAUCAAUUAAAUCAGGCAACCAAUAGGUUCGAUCUUUCGCAGCUAUAUGGAAACCAUGAAAGUGAAACACUACCACUACGAAGCAACCACGGCGGCAAACUCAAAUCACAGUCUUUCGAAUCAUCAGAAUAUCUGCCGGAAAACCAAGACAAAAAGUUCUGUACAGUAAAUUCCACGACGGAUGUGUGCUACACAUCCGGAGAUAGUCGAGUGAACGUCAACCCAUUCAUCACACUCCUUCAUACCCUCUUCCUGCGUUCACAUAACCGGAUUGCAAAAAGAAUGGCACUGAUUAAAUCCGAUUGGGAUGAUGAAGCCUUAUUCCAAAUGGCGAGAAAAGUCAACAUAAGAAUCUACCACAAAAUUGCCCACGAAUGGGCUGAAACCAUUCUGGGCAGCUCUAAUCAAAUCAUUCCAUCAGACGUAAAAGAACAACGAGUAAGUAACGAGUUUGCAACGGCUGCAAUUCGCUUCUACAAUUCAAUGAUGCCCGGGGAGAUUUCUAAUCCAUCUCAAACCGGCAAAUAUUCAUCAUUCGAUAUGGAAGAUCUGUUCUACAAACCCAAAGAUCUACGUAAAAAGGAGUAUUUCAAUCAUUUGGUCAACUCUGUGCUUCAGCAGAACGCAAUGUCUAUGGACACCAGCUACGUAGACGACAUGGCCCAUCUACUGUUCAAAACGCACAACGUUGGGACGGACGUAUUUGCAUUGGAUAUCCAACGCGGUCGUGAUCACGGCUUGAGUAGCUACACAAACUACUACAAAUUAUGUACCGGUACAACUAUCGACUCGUGGGAAGAUCUAUCGAACGCGAUGAAACCUUCCGACCUGGAAAAGCUCAAAACAGCAUAUGCUUCGGUACAAGAUGUUGAUUUAAUCGUCGGAGCAAUGGCGGAGAUACCCACCACUCCCGGGGCACUGCUAGGCCCAACUCUAUCCUGCAUUAUUCGGGAUCAAAUUUCCCAAUCAUUCAGCGAACACCAUCAUCAGUUAGACAAGAUUUUAUCCAACUACACAGCAGCGCGAUUUCUGUGCGAUACGGCACAGGUGUCCCGAGUGCAGCAAAACAUUUUCCGUCUGCCAGCGGUCGAUAACCCUCUGGUGCGUUGCACACAGCUUCCCACAUGGGACUUAAGUACCUUGCCAGAGCUGUUACACCACUAGACCAUAAAUAAUUGAUGAGCCAUUUAUUCUCGCGACCCUGAUGAUGCCAAUCGACGACAACAAAUGGACAAGGAAGUAAGAUCCAGCAGUGCUGCGUUAUUGUGGAAGUCACUACUUUCAUCCGUUGCGGUUCCUAUAUCUUACAGUUGGUGUGUAAAAUUAAUGACCGAGACUUGUUUAGUAAGCGAAGAAGAAAGAAGUCACACCGGUGAUACCGCAGGAAUGCAGAUGAAAUUCUCGUUUACAUAUUCAUGCACAUCGCAUACUUGCACACUUAUUUUAUAACAUGACUGCGUACGAGCCGAUACCGACAGGAUCCAAUAAUGUUCGGAAACGUGUCUCGCGCUCGAUUUAGUUGUUAUUAUAGUAUAGUACUACGUAGUGUUUAUUUUGUUCUCUUGAAUAAAAAUGAUGAGCUAUAUCUCGGUAGCUUGUUUGCAUACCAGUCUGCGGGUGAGACUGA